AUUGCACUGCCACUUGUGGGAGACAUGGGUGCUAUACUGAAGGGUGAUCCUGGCACAAGAGGUCCUCCAGGCAUCCCUGGUAGAGAAGGGCCAAAGGGAAGCAAAGGUGAACGUGGAUUUCCUGGGCUUGCUGGAGAAAAGGGCGAUGAGGGCCUUCAAGGUGCUCCUGGACUGCCUGGUAUACCAGGACCCAGUGGACCAUCUGGAGUCACAGGAAGACCUGGGCAUCCCGGUCCAGCAGGGUCAAAAGGCGAAAAGGGUAGUGAAGGUUCUCCUGGGAAACCUGGACCACCUGGGCCUCCGGGUAUGCCUUACAAUGAAAGAAAUGGAAUGAGCAGCUUGUAUAAGCUCCAGGGAGGUGUGAGUGUCGCUAGUUAUCCAGGUCCACCAGGACCUCCAGGUCCAAAAGGAGAUCCUGGCACAGUGGGUGACCGUGGACCAGCUGGCACGCCAGGAGUAGCAGGGACACCGGGAAAGCCAGGAUCUCCUGGGUCCCCAGGGAUGCCAGGGGAACCUGGUGAAAGAGGACCUAUAGGAGAUAUAGGCUUCCCUGGGCCAGAAGGACCACAAGGAAAACCAGGAAUCAAUGGAAAAGAUGGAUUGCCAGGUCCUCCGGGUGCUGUGGGGAGACCAGGAGACCGAGGGCCCAAAGGAGAACGUGGAGAUCAGGGUAUUCCAGGGGACAAAGGUCCACAAGGCGAACGAGGGAGACCUGGCCCAUCAGGAGAAAAGGGGGAUGUGGGUCCUGUUGGGCCACCAGGAGACAGAGGCUAUCCAGGAUCACCAGGUCAUCAAGGUCCCCCAGGUUCUCCAGGACCCCCAGGGUUUCCGGCUGAUACCGUUUCACUUGAAGAAAUAAAAAUAUAUAUCAAACAAGAGGUUCUUAAGGUUUUUGAGGAAAGGAUGGCUCAGUUUGUAUCCCAGCUGAAGCUGCCAGCUGCAAUGCUUGCCUCCCAAGCUCAUGGAAAACCAGGGCCCCCAGGAAAAGAUGGGUUACCAGGGCCACCAGGAAAGGAUGGUUUGCCAGGGCCACCAGGAGAACGUGGAAUUCAAGGUUAUAGAGGACAGAAAGGGGAAAGAGGCGAGCCAGGAAUUGGACUGCCUGGUAACCCUGGACCGCCCGGCCCUGCAGCUACCGGCCUGCCGGGCCCACCGGGAACGCCAGGCUCACCCGGACCGCAGGGGCCACCUGGACCCGAUGGAAGAUGCAGUCCGGCAGAUUGCUAUUACCACAUGUCACAGACUCGGUCACGCACCAGCGGGAAAUAAAAUCCCUCUCCCGUAGACACUUGGGUUCACAGUCACUUUUCACUCCUCUCAAUAAGUUAAUUUAAUUUUUGAAAUACUUGGUGCAUUUUUAUUUUUUUUUCCCCUUGACACUGCAUGGUAUAUAGAUAAUUUAUAAGGCACAGAAUUGAGCCUUUUUCUAUGUUAUUUGCAGUGUUGUAAUUAUGAAAGGAUGACAUUUAUUUUCCAGAGUGCAUUCCAUGUGUUAUGUUUCUCAUAUUUAUUUUGCUUAGAGGAGAAAAUAGGCCCAAAUAAUUUUCAUAAGCUUCUUUCUUCAAACAAAAAAUAUUUUAUUAUAACUUAAGACAGUAUGUAUGCCUCAGUAUGUAAGCUGGCUUUAUUUUUCUUGCUGGUGCGGAAGCUUAAGUGGAGAAAAUGCAUUUCUG